AUGGGCGGAAGCAUUGUGAAUUUCCGGCCGUGCGUGUGGGAGAACGAAGCGGCGCUGUGUUUCUUUCGAGGACAGAAGCGGCGCGCCAUCGGAUUCGGCCACGGAGUCGUCUUGAAUCGGCACUACGAGCAAGUGAGCGUAUUUGGUGCCGUUGACGGCCCGGUAGACAUGCAUGAGUGCCGCACUACUGCGUCUGGCUCGGCGCUGUUCACCGUCUAUCGCGCUCGCCCACAUGACUUCGGCUUCAAGAAUGGAGUGGGCUGGCUGCUUGACUCGGGCUUCCAAGAGAUCGACGUACGCUCCGCCAAUGCUUCGCUCUUGUUCUCGUGGAACGCGCUGGACCAUGUGCACAUGACGGACUCAACGCUUUCCAUCGCAGAGCGGCCUGAAAUCUUUGGCAGCGGUCGUUCACAUCUGGAUGCAUUCGACUUCUUCCAUGUCAACUCCGUGGACAAAGAUGCCGACGGGAACUAUCUGAUCUCCGCGCGACACGCAGAUAGCCUCUACAUGAUCUCGCGCACGGAUGGCCGCAUUUUGUGGCAGCUCGGUGGGAAGCAGUCCUCUUUUCGUGGCACGGGCACCGAGUUCCGUCGACAGCACGACGCUCGAUAUGUAUUCGGAAACAAAACUCACUCCCUCAUCACGCUCUUCGACAACGCAGCCGACUGCUACACAGUUUUCGGCAAUGAAUCGCAGGGUCUCGAAAUCCUGCUGGACCACGUCACCCUGACUGCUACCACACAGCGGCGCUUCAGAAAUGGACUUGUGUCCUGUGGCAUGGGCAGUCUGCAGACUCGCGCCAAUGGAGAUGCACUCCUGUGCUCCGGUUCUACGCAGCGACCUGUGAUAACAAAGGUCAGGUCACGCUAG